UAUAAACCAGAUAGCAGUGACUCUCCUUCCACACCAAACCCAAACAAACACGAACCAGAGAGAGAGAGAGCAUUCAUGGAGAGCCAUGGCUCGUCUUUCUCAAGUUUCCGAUCCUAUCUACGAGCCCUGGCCGAGACACCGACUCGCCUCGCCCGCCGAGCCGGCUCUGUCUCCACCUCCUACGAAGAAAUGAGCCGGGUCCGGGCACGGUCGGGCUCAAACAUGCAGAGGACACUCCGGUGGUACGAUUUGGUCGGGUUUGGAAUCGGAGGCAUGGUCGGCGCCGGAGUCUUCGUCACCACUGGUAGUGCCAGUCGGAAAUAUGCCGGCCCUGCGAUUGUGAUCUCCUACGCCAUUGCAGGCCUCUGCGCACUUCUAUCCGCCUUCUGCUACACCGAGUUCGCCGUCGACAUGCCGGUAGCCGGUGGCGCCUUCAGCUACCUCCGUGUUACUUUUGGUGAGUUCGCAGCCUUCUUAACCGGCGCGAAUCUCAUAAUGGAGUACGCUUUAUCCAACGCCGCCGUCGCCAGAGGCUUCUCCGGGUACUUUGGCACCGCGAUUGGAGUCCCCGCGUCGAAAUGGAGACUGGUCGUCGACGGACUCCCGAACGGCUUCAACGAAAUCGAUUUCGUCGCAGUAAUUGUCGUCUUAACAAUCACUCUGGUUAUCUGUUACAGUACUCGCAACAGUUCGGUGGUGAACAUGCUGUUGACAGCUCUGCACAUGGUGUUUAUAGUGUUUGUGAUAGUAAUGGGGUUUUUGAAGGGAGACUGGAAGAACUUUACCGAACCCGGUGACCCGAAUAGCCCAUCCGGGUUCUUUCCGUACGGUGUUUCUGGUGUGUUCAAUGGAGCAUCGAUUGUCUACUUAAGUUACAUCGGAUACGACGCUGUUUCAACUAUGGCCGAAGAAGUUCGUAACCCGGUCAAGGAUAUCCCUAUCGGAGUUACCGGCUCCGUUAUCAUUGUUUCCGUGCUCUACUGUCUCAUGGCCGCUUCAAUGUCCAUGCUUCUCCCUUACGACAUGAUUGAUACGAAGGCGCCGUUCUCGGCGGCGUUUAGUGGGAAAUCGGACGGUUGGAAAUGGGUGUCGAACGUGGUAGGAGCGGGGGCUAGUUUUGGGAUUUUGACCUCGCUGUUGGUUUCGAUGCUGGGUCAGGCGAGAUACAUGUGUGUGAUCGGACGGUCGAGCGUGGCCCCUGCUUGGUUCGCUAGGGUCCACCUAAGGACAUCCACGCCUGUCAACGCCUCCGCUUUUCUGGGAAUAUUCACAGCUGCAAUCGCCCUUUUCACUGAACUAGAAGUUCUCCUCGACCUAGUAUCGAUUGGGACACUCUUUGUCUUCUACAUGGUAGCCAAUGCAGUAAUAUAUCGACGAUACGUCGUGGUGGGAACGACUAAUCCAUGGCCAACAAUGUCCUUCCUCUGCUCAUUUUCCUUGACCUCCAUUAUGUUUACUCUCAUAUGGAAAUUCAUGCCUUCUCGUGAGCCAAAAGCCAUUCUGCUCGGUGCAUGUGCUGUGGUCGCAAUUGCUGUUGUACAACUUUUUCACUGCACAGUCACUCAAGCCAGGAAGCCAGAGUUUUGGGGAGUACCCUUGAUGCCAUGGAUUCCCUGCAUAUCAAUCUUCCUGAACAUAUUUUUGUUGGGAUCACUUGGUGGAGCAUCCUAUGUGAGAUUUCUAUGCUUUUCAGCCUUCGUAGUGGUUGUAUAUGUAUUGUACAGUGUUCAUGCCAGCUUUGAUGCUGAAGGAGAUGGGUGUCUUGGUCAAAAGAAUGUCAUUGAGAUCCCUAAGGCAUCAGUGAAAAGCUUUGAUGACCCUAAUGAUCUCAAAGUGUAAAAAGGUCUUGGUGCUUACUUUUAUAGGUUUUUUUGAUGGAUACUUGAACCCAAAGGGGAUGAAACUGAAAGGGCGUAGAAUUAGGGGAUAGAAGUCAAAUUGGGUUUUGAGAGGAACCCUUUUUGUAUAGUUGAUAAUUGGGAAAAAAAAACAAACUAGACUUGGGUUUGUGAUCUUUUGGUAUAAUAUGAGAGAUCAUGUGAUCUAUCAACUGCUUUAUAGUUAGUUGUUAGACUCAGACACUCAGUUGUUCAUGAAUGAAAUGUUGAGAUUUUGUAUUUAUUUCAACUUUUCAAAUACCACAUAAAUAAAUACGUUUACAGUUAGAAAUCAAAUC